UAACAGUACAGGAGACUAUGACUCUUGUCUCUCAAAAUAUGAGUGGGGAACUUAACCAGGAAGUGGAAAUGUGUGCUUUAUGGUGAUGAUCCCCAAUUCUGACACAACAAAUGGGCCUAGGAAAUGUAAUGAGUCAGCCUUUUUUUGGUGUAAAGAAAAGUUACAUAUACCACGUGGUUCAUGAACUAGAGCAAAUUCUCCUUUGGGACAUGGGAAAAGAACGGAUGCCUACAGAUAUAUUUUCAGCAGUAUUUUACAUGAAGUCAUAUUGAAAAGAACUGCAAUGUCUUCCUUCUCUUUGGUUGCUGAGAAGAAUAGAAGCCGAAAACCAGUGGUUUGGCAAUCGGAGUCUCCAAAGUGGGGGGAUGCUCCAAGUUUCUCCUUUGAUUAUUAUGAUCAUGGUACACGUAAAGAACAUGGAGCAUCAUCUAAUCUCCAAGAUUUGGAGAUGAAGGAAAAAGGUGGAUUAAAGCCUGUUCGACAUUUUAUUCCUGACUCCUGGAAAAGAUUCUUUAAAAAAGGCAGGACAAAAGGAGAAUGUUUCACCUUGACACAUUUAGAAGAUGUCCACGAGUUCCCCUCAAUUUCAUCACUCAAAGAUGUUAGCAGGGAGUCCAGUCUUGUUGACAGGAAUGGGGAUUUUACAGAUGCAUCGAUCAGCUUCAAUGCUGUUCAUGAAAAUAAGCAAAAGAAAACUCCAGAUUCUAUGGAAAGGAAGAGCCAAUUGUACACUGUUUAUGGAGAAAAGGUAGAAGCAUACAAUUUAAAGUAUUCCUACAUGAAAUCCUGGCCUGGAUUGCUAAGAAUAAUGGCUGGAGUACAGUUAAUAUUUGGUGGUAUGGUGUUUGCCUGUACUUGUGCAUAUUUACAGAAGGAUUACCAGUGGUAUAAUCUUUUUGGCACUGAACUACAAAGGACAUUACCAGGUGGCUAUAGUUAUUAUGGCCCAAUGACUCCAUUUGUGAUACUUGUUGCCAGCUUGGUUUGGUUUGUCACUCUGAUCCUUCUGGGGUUGGGGCUGACUUUAUACUACCGGACCAUUCUCCUUGACUCUCACUGGUGGCCUCUCACAGAGUUUGCUCUUAAUAUUUUCAUGUGUCUUCUAUACAUGGCAGCAGGCAUUGCCUAUGUCAACGAUAUAAACCGUGGUGGCCUCUGUUACUCUAUUUUUGCUGUAAACCCACUGAUUGUGGCAUUCUGUAGGGUGGAAGGAGGUCAGGUGGCAGCCAUAGCUUUUCUCUUCUUCAACAUGUUCUUGUACUUGACCACCUCUUUGAUAUGUCUAAAAAUGUGGCGGCAUGAAGAAAAGCGCAGGCAGGCUGGGAACAUUCAGAGAUCAACCAAAACGAAAAGGAUUGUUUUUCAAGACGAAGUUCAACAACUGGGAGAUGUGAAAGGGAAAGUCACGAAGACUAUCCAUUUCUCAGAGAAAGGCAGUGACAAUGGAGCUUUAAGUAGAUCUAUACCCACUGGGUACCGACCAAAACCUUACAUUGUACCAGAUUAUGUUGUCAAGUAUCCAGAGAUCAAUAGUGCAGAGGAUCGAGAGAAGUAUAAAGCCGUAUUCAAUGACCAAUAUGCAGAGUAUAAGGAGCUGUACUCAGAAGUUAGAAGUGCCUUACUGAAGUUUAAAGAACUUGAUAACAUGAUGGGAAAACUAGCUAAAGGAUCUCAGAAUCAGAAGGCAUCGGAUAGGAUCAAAACCAUCGCUGAAAAAUAUGACAGGAAAAAAAAUGAUCCUGCAUUUAUAGAAAAACGGGAACGCUGCAUCUACUUAAAGGGAAAACUAAGCCACAUCAAGAAGCAGAUCCAGGCAUACGAUCAAAAAGAAGGUUCUGUGUACUUCUAGACACCAGGAAUCUAGCUGUUUAAGGGGAAGCGGAGCCUUAAAUUUGCUUUAAGCUAUAACAACGGAAUUCAGAAGUAUUAGGCUGCAUUCACAUUACGUUUGUUACAUACGGGGAACAGAUCCAGCUGGGAGAAGGGAAAACUGGGUGCUCUCGUAUCCCAGACAGAUCUGGCCCCCAUCUCAUUCAAAUUUGAAUGAGCCGACCGGAAUCAUAUAGUGACUCCGGUCGGCUCAUUUUUACCUCGCAUGUGGUUUUGUGACCGGACCUAAAACCGUAGUAUACCACGGUGUUAACUCGGUUCACAAAACCGGAUACCGGGCAAAAAUGAGAGGGCCAUUAAAGGCUCAUUAAAAUGAAUAAGAAGCUGUGCAGUUCCAGCUGGGAUACGGGAGCUCCCGGAUUUGAAAUUUCCCAGCUGUAGGCAGCAAACGUAGUGUGAAUGCACCCUUAGUUGGACUCAGAAAAUAAUGAUGUUAUUAAGUUAUGAUGUGUAUAUAUAAAUGUCUCUAUAUUGAUGUAAUGUAAAUAUCCAAUUAUUUUUUUCAACAGGCCUGUUAGACAGCAUUAUUUGAAACCAUGUGCUUGUAAAAUAUUGACCUUCCCUAUCUGCUUAAUGAUUUACAAAUCUAAAAGACUUUACUAUCACAUAAAUCUCUACUAACUGAAGCUUUAAUAAACUCACAAAUGAAACUUUAUCAUAUUUAAACUGAGAUUUCUUCUUAUCGCACAUAGCCAGAAAGCUCAAUGAGAUAUUUGCAGACCCCACAUCUAGCAGCUUUAUCUGUUGUACAACCACAAUUACUUUUCUCUUCACAGUAAAGCCAAUUUAUGUGAAUUUAUCCUUAGGAUGUUAAUAGUACAGUACAAGUCUGCAUCUACCAUGAGGUAAAAUGAGCAUCUUGCCUCAGGUGGCAAAUUGCAGAGUCCAUGAGGGGGUGGUGCUGGGCUUGCACAGUGCAUCAGAAGCAGCUCCUGAAUUGCAUUGCGCUUUUAGUCCCAGUCAAUGUACACUACCACCUGCGUGGAGGGUGGACUGCAGGUGGGGAUCGGAUCAAUAGUGUCUUAGUCACAGUCCCCAGAUGCUGCCAGCACUUCUGUGAGAAGAGAAGACAGUGUACAGUAAGUAACUAAGCUGUCUCCUCCUCCUCACCCUGGCUCGACAGCCACCAUAAUAUUACGCAGCAGUGGCAUAGCUGCUUCAGUAUUGCCUCUGUCUUCUAUUGGCUAGCAGCUUAGGAUGUCAUGAUGCAAUUAUGAUUUCUAAUAGGGGGGGAAGGAAGUUACACUUCAAUUUUGUCCACAAGCAGCAGAAAAGCUAGAGUUCCCCCUUUGUUGAUUUUGUAACAACAAUUCCUCUUUUAAGCCAUCUGACUGGUUGCCAUGGGCAACUGCACCCAUCUUCCUCUACACAGGUUUUAAUAAAUGUCCCCCAUAAAAUUCUGUGAUACCCCAUAAUUGUUCUUAUCUGUUUUCCCUCAGGAUCCUACAUUUACAGAAAAACGGGAAAACUGCAUCUACUUAAAGGGAAAAUUGGCUAGCAGCUUAGGAUGUCACGAUAUAUUUAUGAUUUUCAAUAGACAGAGGGGGUGGAAAGUUUCAUUUCAAUUUUGUCCACAAGCAGCAGAAAAGCUAGAAUCGACCCUUUGUUGAUUUUGUGACAACAAUUCCUCUUUUAAUCCGGUUAAAUUUCAUAUAGUAUUGUAUAUUUAUUGCAUUGGGUUUUAUAGAAGUUCAUUUAUAAUGUUUAUUUAAUUUCAUAGUAGUAGUGAACAAUGCUACUAAUGUGCACAAUAAAAAAAAUUACUUAAUAAA